GUCUCUGAUGUGCCCCAGUGACUGUCCCGGGCUGGAUGAGUGCUGGGGAGAGGAAUUUGAGAAGCUCUACAUAAAAUAUGAGCAGGAGGGCAGAGCUAAGCGUGUGGUGAAGGCUCAGCAGCUGUGGUAUGCCAUCAUUGAGUCUCAGACAGAGACCGGCACACCCUACAUGCUUUACAAGGAUGCCUGCAACCGCAAAAGCAACCAGCAGAACCUGGGCACCAUUAAAUGCAGUAACUUGUGCACAGAAAUUGUAGAGUACACCAGUAAGGAUGAGGUGGCUGUUUGCAACCUGGCAUCCAUUGCUCUUAACAUGUACGUCACCCCAGAGCGAACUUUUGACUUCCAGAAGCUGGCCUCUGUUACAAAAGUCAUUGUGAAGAACCUGAACAAAAUCAUCGAUAUCAACUACUACCCAGUGCAAGAGGCAGAGAACUCUAACAAGCGUCACAGGCCCAUCGGUAUCGGCGUUCAGGGUCUGGCUGAUGCCUUUAUCCUCAUGCGUUUCCCCUUUGAGAGCGCAGAGGCUCAACUCCUCAACACACAGAUCUUUGAGACCAUCUACUACGCUGCGCUGGAGUCCAGCUGUGAGCUGGCUGCAGAAUUUGGGCUGUAUGAAACAUAUGCUGGGUCUCCUGUGAGCAAGGGCAUCCUGCAGUAUGAUAUGUGGGAGAAGACACCUACAGACCUGUGGGACUGGGCCGCACUCAAGGAGAAGAUUGCAAAGCAUGGAGUGCGUAACAGUCUGCUGCUGGCUCCCAUGCCCACUGCCUCCACUGCUCAGAUCCUGGGCAACAAUGAGUCAAUCGAGCCGUAUACUAGCAACAUCUACACACGCAGAGUUCUGUCUGGAGAGUUUCAGAUCGUGAACCCACAUCUUCUCAAAGACCUCACAGAACGAGGACUUUGGAACGAAGAAAUGAAAAACCAGCUAAUUGCUCAGAACGGAUCCAUCCAGGGCAUUCCCACAAUACCAGAUGACCUGAAGGAGCUGUAUAAGACUGUGUGGGAGAUCUCGCAAAAGACCAUCUUAAAGAUGGCUGCAGACAGAGGAGCCUUCAUUGACCAGAGCCAGUCCCUCAACAUCCACAUUGCUGAACCCAACUAUGGCAAACUGACCAGCAUGCACUUCUAUGGCUGGAAGCAGGGUCUUAAAACAGGAAUGUACUACCUGAGAACUAAACCAGCCGCCAACCCCAUCCAGUUCACUCUCAACAAAGAAAAGCUGAAGGAGAUGCAGAACAGUACAAGCAACGAGGAGGAAACCAAAGAACGCAACAAAGCUGCUAUGGUGUGUUCGUUGGAGAACCGUGACGAGUGUCUGAUGUGCGGUUCAUGAAUUGAACUCCUGUUGACAAGGACCAUUAGGAUGGCUAACAAUAUGCGUCUUGUACAGUCUUCUAUCUUUUUUUAAAUGGUCUUAGAGAAUAAUUAUUAAUUUACAUUUCCUGUAUACUUUACUCCUGUAUACAAUACCAAUAAAGAAUU